AAUUUUUUGGAGGCAAGAUGAGAGAUAAAUCAAAUUAAAACUGUUGAGUUCGAUAGAGUAAUCAAUGCUGUAUCCAAGCAUAUAAAAAUAAAAAUUCUCGGCCGUUUUACUGAAAUACAGUAAAUCGAAGAAAACGGUCAAAAAUAACGUAAUCAAGCUGUAGUCUAUGGGCGCUGAAGAAUCGUUUGGCAAAAGCCUUUUCAUUUUUGUUCGUAAACGACUUUGAGAAUUGGCUUUUGAGAAAGAUCUCUAAGAUUAAGAAAGAUAUUCCAUAAAUACUAGCAUGAUCGCGAAAUUAUUCUUAUUCGUCCCACACCACUCCACUUGUUAAUAAUGAAACUUAUAUUUUCGUUAUUUUUUAAAAAAUUAGACAUUUUUUACCGAAUGGUUCUUUUAUUAUUGAUUAUCCACGAUGUCCACAAUGUUCUUAUCCAAUUGUGCGUGUAAAACGAUAUGUAUCACUUAUAAAACGUAUACAUUUGUUAAUACGUACAGCAUUACCGUCUUUUGAAUCGACGACAAUCACUGAUCGAUUAAUUAUUCGACAUAAUAUUAACAAAAUUGAAUAUUUACCAAUUGGUAUUAGAGUAUUAUCAAAAGUUAUUUAUUAUAAUCAAAGACGAAAAAUUUAUUAUUAUCAAUUUCUUCAUAUGUGUACACUCUAUAACACAUUACCUGAUAAUGUUAAACAAGAAGCUAAUAAAUGUUUAAAAAGUUUAUUUAGUAUUAUUAAACGAAAAAAAAGUGUAUGGUUAACAAAACAACAAUGGUUAGAUUUAGAAAGUGAAUAUAAUCGUUUAUUAUUUUUAUCACAAUUAAAAGAUAUCAGAUAUUUAGCUAAAAAUGAUACAAUUAAUGUAUUAUCAGCAAUAAUUGAAACUCAAGGUAUUCAAUUUGAUAAAGAUGAUUGUCAAACAUGUAUUGAAUUAUUACAUAAUAAUAAUUUAAUGAGUAGUACAAAAUUAGAAUGGACAUCAUUAUUUAUAUAUUGUAAAACAAUGGAUGAUUUUGAAAAAGAUAGACAAAUAUGUGAUCAAAAAUGGAUUAUUUGUGCAAACGGUAAGAUGGUGAAAAUUCAAAGUGCGAGUAACUUUUUUGUCCCAUUUAUUUGUACAUGGUUGGAUAGAGUGCAUCAAGUUGAGUAAGAAAAAGUGGUUUUGAAUUUUUAAAAUAAUUUUUUAAGAAAGAGAAACUGAACAAUUUCGAAAAACUCUUCCAUUUCAAGAACGGUCAAACUUUUUUCUGUUUUUUCUUUGAACUUCUCGAAAGUAUUUUUUGUAUGGACGGUUUCCAGUUCCUAAACAAAUUUGGAAACCUAUUUAGAUUUUUGUGUGAAGAGAUGAAGCCGAUUUUUGUACUCCAUUAGACCAACCAUUGAACGAGCGGUAAUAAAACUACGUAUUGCUGUUUUUUCUAAGUUCCUUUUUCACUGAGAAAAUUCAUUUUUUCUAUAUCAGGAGGGAAAAAUCGAAAUUCUGCCGGUAGAUUUCAGUUUUCUGAAAAAUACCAUAAUCUGAAUCACCGUCAAAAACUUAGGCGAUUGAUGUCCGUUUUUUAUUCUUUUCGAACACCGUCAUUUUUUUUAAUUUUCACGUUGAAAAUUAAUAAGAAUUUCAUCGAAAACUGAAAAUGAACGAAAACUUUCGACAUAUAUGUCUUCAACUUCGAAUAGGAUAUUUUUGUUGCAUAUGGAAGCGAUACGUAAUUUUACAGCUGGUCCAAUGGCGGUUCUAAUAGAGCACGGAAAUCGGCUUCAUCUCUUCACACAAAAGGUAGAUAGGUUUGCAAAUUUGUUUCAGAACUUUUUACAGGCGGAGUCAAGAUGUCAAUACUGGACAGAUCUUUGACUUCAACGGAGGCUAAGCAUCAUUCUCACACUCAGUCUUUGAAGCUGAAUUUGAAGAAAAAACUUUCGAAAAGUUCGAAGAACGAAAACGAAAAUAGUUUAACCCUUCUUGAAACUAGAGAGUUUUUCGAAAUUUUAGACUUCGAAACUGUUCACUUUUCCUUCCUUAAAAAAUUAUUUUAAACAUUCACAACCACCUUUUCUUACUCAGUUUGAUACGCUCUACCCAAUCAUGUAUAAAUAAAUGGGGAAGAAAAUCUUACUCGCACUUUGAACUUCCGACACCUUAUAAAGAAGAUGUCUAUCAAUAUUAUGUAUAGAUACGGAAUAUCAGAAUGUUCCAGUUGUACCAAUCGAUUUCAUGUUCCAACCUAGCUACUGAGAGAUCCGUCGAUUUCUCGAAAAUCCGUGAAGUACGGAUGUUGUAAUUUAUUUACAAGUUCAGAAAACUCCCGAUAUUUUUAGUGUUUAUGUCAAAUGAUGGCUAAAAGGCUAGACUGAUCUAAUAUUCGAUUAUCACAGAAAAUUCAUAGAAAAUUUAAUGGAAAACAUUUUUUUGCGUAAUUUGAUCUAAUCCCGAGAGUCAUAAACAUCUAUUGUCCUCAGAAAAGCAUAAAUUAUUUUUAAAGCAAAAAAGGACAAAAAUGGUGAGUUUUCAAAAACAAAGUCCCUUUUUAAGCGACAUAAUGUUCUUUCUUUUAGCUUUUCGGUUGGUAAAAUACUUUUCUAAAACGUUUUUUCCGGCGAUUUUAUACUAUUCAUUAAGGAACACUUGUAUAUUCUUGACUUCAAAUUUGGUUUCUGUUUUAUUUUUAUUUUUUCUUCUUGAAUAGGUAAACUUCUAAUCUGGAGUGCAAAAUCAUCAUCAGAAAUAGAUCAAUUGACAUGUGUCGAAUGUACAAAUAAAGAAAGUAAUCAGUUUAUUAUAACGUGUGAUAUUAGUACGGUCUGUGUAAAAUAAAAUAAUAGGGAUAAUCAUCUUUCGACAGAACAUAAAAUAUAGUAAACUAAUUUUUUCUGCUGGACCAAAUUUCUACAGAUCGAUCUUCAUGAUAAGAACAGUAAGUAUCGUUUUCUCCCUGAAGAUCGAUUAGCAUAAAGUGGGGUCUAGCAGGUAGGAUUUAGGAAAUUAAAUUUGCUACAUUUUCCUCUCGUGUCUCAAUUUUAAGAAAUUCAUCAUUCAUAGUAAAUUGUCGAAAAUACCACCUUUUGGGCUAAUUUUUCACAGUUUCAACCAUGAAGGAAGAAUAUCUUAAAAUUGAGACACGAGAGGAAAAUGUA